AUGACCCCUCCCUUUCUCGAUCGCUGUCAUGACUCCGUCUGGUGUUCCCUCCAUGGCAUCAUCCUUAAUAUCCCGCCCACUCGCCUGCCCCUCUUCCCUGCUCUAGCGGGCUCGGUCUGGUUCCUGACGCUGGCUUCGCUCCUCCUCACCUGGAUUGCCCGUGGGAGGCCGCAGUAUCCUGGCCAGAGUAACCCCCAUGUUGCAUUCAUAUCCGACAUUGCGUCUUUCGAGCUAAAGCCAUUAUUUCUCGUCGGCGCCUCCAUCACCGCCGUGGGAUUCGCCUUUAGCGUUGCGAUAGUGCAUGUCGUACGCUACGAACCCGGCUUCGCGCUGGUCAGAUGUCCCGCGGAGGCUUCCUCCAUUGCUACCGGCCGUGGGGAUGUCUCGCCUGCGCCGGUCGCCGAUGACCGCGACGAUGCCAACCCCGACUCCCACGUGCAUCCCCACGUGAAUGAACACGAUGACGUCGAUGACGAGGACCACGAAACCACAAAGACCCUCAAGUUCGUCUCGCUGCUGGCCAUCUUCGCCGCCAGCGUCGCCAGCACCGCCCUCAUUCUGCUGGGCGUCAUGGAUACCUUCCGCUACAAGCGCUUGCAUCACGUUUUCCUCCGCAUCUGCUUCUCCGGGCUGGCGGUGCAGUCGGCCUGCACGGCCAUCGUGUACUCCAACGAGGUCCUCGGCUUCAUCUCGUACGUCUAUCAUCUGGGCAUCUGGCAGCAUGACUGGGGGAAAAGAAGUCAGCGCGUGAGGGUAUUUGCCUCGCUCUCAACGGCCCUGAUCCUCGUCGAGGUCUUCCUCGCCGUCGCAUUUAUAUCCCUCACCGUCUCCGAGGAGAAUCCGAUAUCCACCUACCGCACUGCCGGCAUCUUGGAAUGGAUCAUUGCGUUCCUGGGCACCGUCUAUCUAUGGCUGUUCUGUGGCUUUCUAGACCGGACGAGCUUCGACACCUGCGUUCCCAGUGCCUUGUAUCACCCGCCGACGCGCCGAAAACCCUCCGGGCAGGCGUUUGGCCCGUCCGCGAGCGCUCUGCCCGACCCCGACCCGGAACGUGCUCCAUUACUGGCCCAUGCUGGAGGUGGGAAAUAUACGUAGAAACGACGUUGAUGCCUGUAUACGCGUCAUGACCCAACUACCUUCUUCUGUAGGUAUGUGUAUAUAUACAAGAAAAGACAAACUUUUGACAGAAGAAUUGAAUCCCGCAGUCGCAAUCGACGGGUUGGGUUAGAAAAGCCCUCCCUCCAUGUAGUCAUUCUGCAAGGGCAUCCAGAUCAAAGCACAAAAACAGUAAUUCCCCCGGGAAACGCAUUUAAUUGAAAUCCAGUC